AUGGCUACUCCAGGCCCCAGUUACUUGGAAGGACCCCCGCGUUUCGGACUCUUGGCUCACCACUCUGUUUACGCGCGUCCUCGCAGGACAUCUUCUGGCUCAAGUGCCGGCAGGUCCGAUACGGCAGGCCAGGUCGGGAUAGCAGGCACGAUGGUCACUUCAAAGAUCCCGGUGAGGUACCGAUGGCAGGCGCCACCCGCGUGCACGUCUGAGGAUUUGGGCUGCAAGCUCAUUGACAUGAGCGUGCGCGUGAACCUGGACAAGUUCAUGGCCAUCGACCAGCCGAGCCAGACGUUCAAGGCCCAGUUCUUCUACCAGGCGGAGACCACGGUGCCCAAAGAUGGUGGUACCCUGGAGGCUGAGCAGCUGCGGGAGUUUCUGAAAAAAUUGGGGGCGAGUGGAGAUGCGGGGCCGACAGGAUCGUUGUGGAGAACAUGGUGGAUCCCGUGGAGGGCCCUCCCUUCAAGCCCUGGCUCUCCGAAAGAGAGGAAAACGGCCAGAUCACCUUCACCUUGA